AGAGACCCAACACCACCUGAGUUACCCGAACCUUCCGAGCUACCAGAACCAGAAGAAGGGUCGAAGGAGAGGAAAAGUGACUAUAAAACCGCUUUAGAUUACCAAAAUACUGAUACAAGAUGUUCUAUGAUGGGUUUACAUAAUGAAUUAGUUCCGAAAAUGACUUCUGUGAUUUAUCAUGAGAUUGCCAAUGCAAUCUUUUGGCGAAGUGAUGGGCAGAUAGACUUAAGAAAAACUGGUACGUAUGCAAUGGCAAGUCUGCGCUUCUUUCAAGAUGUAGCUAGAUGUCCUAGAAAAGCUGAAAACUUAUCGCCAGAGGAAGACCAGUGGAUAAGAUCAGCAUAUAUAGGAGGUUUAACGUGGGCCGAGCCAUAUGAAGGAAUUGCAACCGAGUUAGAUUUCAAUGAAUAUUACCCACACAUCUUAGCUUGUGGGAGUACAUGCUGGCCAAUAGGUCCAGAAGAAUUUAAAACAUUUACACACAUUAGCGUUAAUCCUAUCAACUUUAAUCUAAAAUACGGAAUUUAUCAUGUUUUUAUAGAAGGUCAGCCAGCAGGUCAAAAAUGCACAAGAACUUUUCGUUAUAAUCCUGCGGGAUAUUACACUCACCAUGACAUACAAAUGGCAAUAGAUCUAGGUCUUCAUAUAGAAUUAUCCUCUGAAAGUCCUAAUGCUUUAAUAUUUGGGCCAAAUCAGCUUAUGCGCGGAGAUGAAAUUUUCUAUCAAUGGGCAAGUUAUCUUACAGAAAUCAAGCAUGAAGGCGGACAGGCAGGUACAGUUGCCAAGCAUAUGCUAGUAUCACUCUGGGAGCGAUUAUAUUCAGAUAGACGAAGACCAGGUCCUCAUCGACGCAUGGCACCUUUUAUUUCAGCAAGGGGAUGCAAAACAGUAUCAGAAAAAAUCAGAUCACUAGGUGAUCGUAUAAAGCGCGUCCAUACAGAUGGGUUUAUUCUUUCAGGUAAAAUUAGCGAUCAGGUGAUUGGAAAACAAGCAGGAGAGUUAAAAAUAGUUAAUGCAG